UAAAAGCCUGGGUGUCUUACUGCUAUCACCGGCCACUGCACUGGAGGGGAAGACGACGACUGACGGGUCGGACGCAGCGUCUCCAGCAGCGUCGACAGAACCACUGCGGGAUGGGCAACGACGGGCCGCAGGCGUCGGACCAGGUCAUCCUGGCGACGGGCGGCUACGACCACACCAUCAAGCUGUGGCAGGCGCACACGGGCGUGUGCCAGCGCACCAUGCAGCACACGGACUGCCAAGUGAAUGCCUUGGAGAUAACUCCAGACAAACAACUCAUCGCAGCGGCAAGCUACCAGCGGAUCCGCAUGUACGACCUGGGCUCCAGCAACCCCAGCCCCGUGAUCAACUACGAGGGCGUGACGCGCAACGUCACCGGGGUGGGCUUCCAGGAGGAGGGCAAGUGGAUGUACACCGGCGGCGAGGACUGCAGCGCCCGCAUCUGGGACCUCAGGUCGCGCAACCUGCAGUGCCAGAGGAUCUUCCAGGUGUCGGCGCCCGUGAACUGCGUGUGCCUGCACCCGAACCAGGCGGAGCUGGUGGUGGGGGACCAGAGCGGCGUCAUCCACCUGUGGGACCUCAAGACGGAUCGCAACGAGCAGCUGAUCCCGGAGGCGGAGGCCUCGGUGCAGGACAUCGCCAUCGACCCGGAGGGCGCCUACAUGGCGGCCGUCAACAACCGGGGGCACUGCUACGUGUGGGGCCUGACGGGCGGGGUGGGCGCCGAGCCCACCAAGCUCAACCCCAAGCACAGGCUGGACGCCCACCGCCGCUAUGGCCUCAAGUGCCAGUUCAGCCCCGACUCCACGCUGCUGGUGACCACGUCGGCAGACACAACGCUGAAGAUCUGGAGGGCCUCCGACUUCACCCUGCUGCGCGAGCUGAGUCACGAGUCGCAGCGAUGGGUGUGGGAUGCCGCGUUCAGCGCCGACUCCCAGUACAUACUGUCAGGUCCGUGGCGGCUCGUCCCGGGCGCCCUGCGCUGGGGAAGUGCUGUGGUCAGGGCCGCAACUAAGGGGGGGGGGGGGGCAAGCGGGGCAUACGCCCCGGACGUCAAAGCUGUGUGGGGGGCGCCGAAAUCGCUUGCAUUGUAAUUCCCACUACAACUGGUAACCGGUAAAAAGUUUUUCAAACUUGCACGCCGGGAAUGUCUGAUCUGAUUUACAAUAUAUAACGUCUCAACAUAUUUUUAACGAACAAGCCUAGUGACUAUACGGACUACUUUACGGACAUGGUGGGUUCACGCAUGGAAGGUACAGUAGCACAGAAACUGUUACCUGUAGGUAUGGAAAAUGCUUAAAUAGCACCAUUUUUUUCCGUGGGAGGGCCCCCCGGACCCCCCGCUUUAUUGGUGUGGUAUGAGCAAAAAAAGAGGGGGGGGGGCCCAUGAAUCCAUUAAUGCCCCGGGUGCCAGAGACUCUAGUUGCGGCCCUGGCUGUGGUCUUCCAUCGUCGCCUCGCAGCUGCUGUGAAGCAGGUCGAGUUCUGCGGCUGUGGUUCGAAAGCCACGUGUCAGAGAGCACGAUGCACGGAUGUGAACGAGGAGGAGGGGGUGUCGUGGCGGGCAGCCACGGUGAAGAGAAUUAGAAGGGAAGUGGAGGGAACCCAGUGACAAACUUCACUUGAACUCUCUCCCCCUCCCCUUAUAGUUAUUCCAAAGAGUGUUAUCCUGUUGCGUCUGUCACGCCUAACCUCCCUCCUCCCCUCCCCCCCCCCGUCUCCUUCCGGAGGUUCAGGAAGUUGUAAACGAGAAUGCCCUAUGUGACACAAUUUGCAGCCGGAGCGUAUAGUUUUUUUUUUUUUUUUUUAACUAAACAGAGGUUCAGUGUGUUUGUGUGUGUGUGUGUGUGUGCUACUAUCGUCUAUCUUACGCUUAGAUUGCACUACAGAGUAAAUGGUGCCUACUGUUGCCGGAUUGAUAUACUACUUGGCUUGUUAACGUUCAAAAAUCAUUUAUAUACCAUUUUUAACUAUAAUAAGUUUUAUUUUUAUUUUUUGACGUGACAACGUCUAAUAAAUCGAUGAACGCCGGCUGCACGCAAGAAAAAGUGUCCCACUACGGAUGUCCCACUGCGGAUGUGUUCUGUUUGCUCAUUGUACGCAUGCGUGGCAUCUCUCAUCCACUCGAUUGGAACAACCAUCGAUUUGACUUUUCAAUCAUAUUUUCGUCGUUUGAAUUAUUAAUAUUAUUUAAUUUAAGGAUCGUCCACCGAUUUUCAGCACAAUCGUUACGGUUAGUUAAAAGUAAUGUUAAUAUUUAAAUACGUUUUGAACCAACAAUGGUGUUUUACAGUUACACAUAAUAAUUCAAAUUACAACCGGGAUCUUUUGCACAAUGUUUUAAAAAAUAUUGUAACACCUUAUAAAUAAGUUUGGUGUAUUUGGGAUGCGUAUUUGUUAUAAAAUCGAGUUAUUAAAACAAAAUAAUAUUAUUCCCCUACCGUGAACAAAAUUUUUAUAAAGAUUUAUAUAACAUCUGAAAUUACAUAUUGUCAAAUAUGGCCUAGUGGCUGAGCGGUCAGCGGCGCUAUUUUCUAAUCGUGAGGUUGUCGGUUUGAAUCCCAGCAGGUGCGAAAUUUUUUUUGAACUUGUAAAAAUAAAUGUGGCGCACUAACAUUUCAAAAGUAAUAAAUAUAUUUGAAUAAUGAAUGCAAAUAAAAGUAAAUUUAUUAAUUAAAUUGUACAUUUCAUUUCACUCCUUUGUAUCCAUACAAAAUAGUGAUAAUUCAAUAAAAAUGAUUCAAUUUUAUUCAUAAAAGUAUGCAGAGGUAGAUUUUAUCAUACAAAAGAUAGAAAAAUUAAAAAAAA